UUUUUCUGUCAAAUUUGUUGUAUAACAUGACGUUUUGGUGCUUAAUUUGUAAAAUCAGAACCUAAUUUGAUGUUUAAUAGGCUUUUCCUUAAUCCCUCCUUAUUAUCCAAGAUAUUCGCUUAUCCAAGCUUCUGCCGGCCUGUUUAGCUUGGAUAAGUGAGACUCUACUGUAUUUCCAAACUUGCAAUCCACUAGCAGAAAUAUGAGCCAAAACAGCGGCUCCCUGAUACACUACAUUUAUUACAACAUGCUACAUUAAAUGCUAAUUAUAAGGUGGCCAAUUGCUAUAUUAACACUUGCCUCCAACAGACAAAGAGUUCUUUCUUUUUCCCACCCUGGACAUCAUUCCACAGAUAUAUAAACCCCACUUGCCUAGUUUCCAACAGACCUCACAACCUCUGAGGGUGCCUGCCAUAGAUGCGGGCGAAACGUCAGGAGAGAAUGCUUCUGGGACAUUGGCCACACAGCCUGGACAACUCACAGCAGCUCAAUUCUCCCUCCCUCCUCCUCUCCCUUUCUCUCCACCCUUUUCUCCACCCUCUUCUUCUUCUUCCCACCCACUUUCCCACGCUUCCCUUUCCGGAAACGGGAAAGCAAGCCAGCCACUUUGUAUUUAUCUCCUUUCCACGGUCGGGAUAUUGCACGAAUAAGCCCCUGGUCUUCUUGGUGGAGAGGAAUUACAUCUCGGAGAGGAAUUUCAUCCCUCCAGAGAGAAGGAGGAGGCGGAUUCUUGGAUCCAGACCAGAGAACUUCGACAAAGAAGUCGAGAUGGAGGGCGAUGGGGACUCUCUGGCAGGUAACGAGCAAAACAGACCGGAUGAUUUGGAGGCAGCUCUGCCGUCAACAGAACUGAGCAAACAAAAAGCGGGAAAAGAGACUUUGGGGUGUCAAAAGAGAGGGACAAGUAACAAAAGAGACCAAACAAAGAAAAGAACGAAGAAAUCUUUUUCUUCUGAGGAGUCCAACACCCGUGAACUCCUGAAUGUCCAGGAACUUCUGAAAGAUGAAGGAGUAGAAAAGUGUCAUAUCUCUGGGGAAAGUUUCCAAGAUAAAUGUAAAGUAAAUACACGUUACGAAAUCCACACAAGGGGAAAACAACACAAAUGCAUGGAAUGUGGAAGGAGCUUCACUCGGCAUGCCUUACUCCAUUUGCAUCAAAGAGCUCACACAGCAGAGAAAUUAUAUAAAUGCACAGAAGGUGGAAAAAACGAUAGUGGACAUUUGGAUUUACAUCAAAGAACCCUUAUAAGACAAAAAACAUAUUCCUGUGUUGAAUGUGGAAAGGGUUUCACUGCCAGCGGAAGCCUAAAAUCACACCAACGGAUCCACACAGGGGAGAAACCAUAUUCAUGCAUUGAAUGUGGAAAGGGUUUCAACACCAGCGGAAGUCUGAAAUCACAUCAGAGGACUCACACAGGGGAGAAACCAUAUUCAUGCCCGGAAUGUGGAAAGAGCUUCACUCAGAAGGCGGUUCUGAAUUCGCACCAAAGAAUCCACACCGGGGAGAAACCCUAUCAAUGCCCCGAAUGUGAGAAGAACUUCACUUAUAAGACAAGUCUGAUUUUACACCAAAGGACCCACACAGGAGAAAAGCCACACACGUGCACGGAAUGUGGAAAGAGCUUCAGCCAGAAAUCUGGACUGAAUUCACAUCAAAGGACACACACAAGAGAAAAGCCACACACGUGCAUGGAAUGUGGAAAGAGCUUCAAUCGGAGAGAACAAUUGCAAUUGCACCACAGAAUCCACACCGGGGAGAAGCCACAUGUAUGUAUCGAAUGUGGGAAAAGCUUCAGACAGAGAGGACAUUUACAGUUACAUCAAAGAAUCCACACCGGAGAGAAGCCAUAUGCGUGCAGGGAGUGUGGAAAAUGCUUCACUGACAACGGACGCCGUCGCUUGCACGAAAGAACCCACACAGGAGAGAAACCAUAUACAUGCGUGGAAUGUGGAAGGAACUUCAUCAAUAGUGGGCAUUUGGAUUUGCAUCAAAGAACUCACACAGGAGAAAAGCCAUACACGUGCACCGAAUGUGGGAAGGGCUUCGGCACCAGCGCGAGCCUCAAAUCACACCAAAGGAUCCACACAGGGGAGAAACCCCAUCAAUGCCUGGAAUGCGGGAAGGGCUUCACUCACAAGGCCGGUCUCAAUUCACAUCAGAGAACCCACGCCAGAGAAAACGCAUACACAUGCAUGGAAUGCGGAAAGACCUUUAACCACAAGACGAGCCUCUAUUCGCACCUAAGGACCCACACAAAAGAAAAGCCAUACACGUGCAUGGAAUGUGGAAAGAGUUUCAGCCGCGGCGAUAAUUUACAAAUACAUCAUAGGAUCCACACGGGAGAGAAGCCAUACAAAUGCAUGGAGUGUGGGAAGAGCUUCAGACAGAAGGUGCAGCUACAGAUACAUCAAAGAAUCCACACAGGGGAAAAGCCAUACGCGUGCAGGGAAUGCGGGAAACGUUUCCGGCAGAGUGGGUAUCUUCGUUUACAUGAAAGGAUCCACACAGGAGAGAAACCAUACACAUGCAUGGAGUGUGGGAAGAGUUUCAGUAACAGUGGGCAUUGCCGUUUGCACGAAAGAGCACACACGGGAGAGAAACCGUAUAAGUGCAUGGAGUGUGGGAAGAGCUUCGGUCUGAGCAGAACUCUUAAGUCACAUCAAAGAACUCACACAAAGGAGAAACCGUAUCAAUGUAUGGAAUGUGGAAAGAGCUUCGGUAGCAAUGCCAAUCUGUAUUCACAUAAAAGAACCCACACAGGGAAGAAACCCCAUAAAUGCAUGGAGUGUGGAAAGAGCUUCUCUUUUAGUGUGAAUUUACGUGUGCACCAAAGAACGCAUACAGGGGAAAAACCAUAUAAAUGUAUGGAAUGUGGAAAGAGCUUCCAUCGCUGUGGAGUUCUGCAAGCGCAUCAAAGAAUUCACACAGGAGAAAAACCAUACAUGUGCAUGGAAUGUGGAAAGAGUUUCAGUCGGAAUGAACACCUGCGAUUGCAUCAGAGAUCCCACACGGGAGAGAAACAAUCGUCAUCAUCAUUGACAAAAUUAUGAUCUGUCAUCUGCAAAAGGCCACCUUACUGGGAUCUGCGCGCAUCAUCCGAAAAUACAUCGCACAGUCCUAAACACUUGGAAAAUGUUUGACUUGUGAUUUUGUGAUACAAAAUCCAGCUUAUAUAUCUUGUUUGCUGUGCCAUACUAUGUCUUUGUGUCAAUAAUAAUAAUAAUAAUAAUAAUAAUAAUAAUAAUAAUAAUAACAAUAAUACUUUAUUUAUAUUCCACCCUAUCUCCCCCAAGGGAACUCAGGGCAAAUCACAGUACACAUACAUGGUAAACAUUCAAUGCCAUUUGGACAGACAGGACAGAACAGAACAGACAGGAGAUACGUGUUGUUGAAGGCUUUCAUGGCCGGGAUCACAGGGUUGUAUGUUUUCCGGGCUGUACGGCCAUGUUCCAGAAAUAUUCUCUCCUGACGUUUUGCCCACAUCUAUGGCAUACCUCACAACUCUGAGAAUGCCUGCCAUAGAUGUAGGCGAAAUGUCAGGAGAGAAUACUUCUGGAACAUGGCCGUACAGCCCGGAAAACAUACAACCACCCAGUCAGGAGAUAUUCUGUCUCAAAGUUCAGUUUUGAUGCCUUGGAGGUUGAGUUCAGAUUCAGUCACAGUAUGGUGCUGUUGCUCCAUUUUCUAUGACGAAGAGUAAUCAGGACUUCCUCCUUCCACCUUCCUUUUGGUCACCACAUUUCUGGUCUUGUUCUUUAUGGUAUUGUAAUAUACUUCCCCCACUAAUUAGUGGUACCUAAUUUCUCUACUUACAGCUCUAAGCUGUUUUUGAACUGCUUAGGUAAACGGUGAGUUGGGCUUGAUGGUCGAGUGCUCACCCUGACCGGGCUUCGAACUGGCCACCUUUUGGUUGGAAGAUCUUAUUACUGCUGGUGAUUUAUCAGCUGUGCUAAAGUCCACAUAGGGGAGCAGUCAUCUGCAUGCAUGGAAUGCAGAAAGAGCCUCAAUCGUAAUUAUCACCUGUGUUUACAUCAAAGAACCCACACAGAAGCCUUAUAAAUACAUGGAAUGUGUUAGCGAGUAUAGUGGAAUCCAGCAGCAUCCAGUUAACACCAUGUGCAAAAGACUCACACCAGGCGGAGGAAUUGAAAGAACAAAAGAACUUUACUCUUGCUUGUUGAGUUGAAAUAUAAAACAGUUCUGCAAUCGUACAAUGUCCAUGUAGUUGCAUAAGAUCAAUAGCAUCAGCAUUCUAUUUACAGCAUAGCAUAUUCAAACUGCUACUUGACCGUAGCUAGAGAGCUUCUCCAUUUCUGUGCUCUCCCUGCAAGCUCAGAUUACCAACUGACAAACCCAGCCAACUGCCAUCAAACCGAUACAUUGUUUUAGGCGUGGCUUGUCUCUCUGCAAAAAGUCAGCUCCCUUUUUGCAGAGAUCUUUUGCAAGCAACUUUGCAAGGAUUUCUUUACACACACACACACAUAGCAAUUUGGCACAAUAGAAUGUAGAAAUAUCAUGGCAGAAAGAGAGAACAGAACAUAGUAAGACACAGGGAGGUGUUAAAAAUUACUAAAGUACAAUUUAUACAUUUGAUAACACUGAGAACAUCUACAACAAAUACAUUAAAAAGGAAAUUCUUAGUUGUUUGACUGAUGUAAUCUAGCAAAACAAUUUAUUCUAUUUUCAGUUUAAAAGAAGGGACCGUGGUAGCGCAGUGGGUUAAACUGCUAGCUGAAGGAAAUCUGCUGACCAGAGAGUCGGCAGUUUGAAACCGCGAGUCAGGGUGAGCUCCCGCUUUUAGCCCUAGUAGCUUCGGCCAACCUAGCAGUUCGAAAGCAUGUAAUGCAAAUAAAUCAAUAGGUACAGCCUCGGCAAGAUGGUAAAAGGGCACCCCAUGCAGACAUGCCAGCAACACGAUCAGAGAUAUCUAUGGACAACAGGCUCCUUGGCAUAGAAAAAUCUGUUGCAGCCUUCUUGCGCCUUCACAGUUGUUGUAACAUGUACCAUGUUAUCUUCUGCCUGAUCGUCUGUUGACAUCUUCGGAUUGUGCUCAUUCUGGAACCUCCUGCGGAGUGCAUGACUCUGGUGGCUACACUCGCAGGUCCAUUGGAACACACAAGCCCCCUCACCACGACAAGGUGACGGACAAUCCAUUGAGGAGGGUCUACUAAGACUUCUAGAUCAAGCCAAGUGUCACUCAUCCUGAUCUUGCCCUCUAGGGUGUUAGCUACCCCUCGCAAUUUGGUGUCAUCUUCGAAUUUAACCAACAUGCCUUCUGUUCCGUCAUCCAGGUCACUGAUAAAGAUGUUGAAUAGCCCUGGGUCCAGCACAGAACAUCAAGAGAACUUGCACUCCAAACAGGCAAAUAAUGAUAUAGGCAAACCUGUGCAGUAUUGAUCCAAAAAUGAAUCGGAUAUCUGGAAUUUGAUUAUACUUAGCCAGUUCCAGAAAGUGUCCAACAGCGUACAUAUUUGCAAAUAGAACGUUACUUUAUGGUUUGUUUUGGCUUAUGUGUUAGAUCAGUGGUUCUCAACUUGUGGGUCUGCAGUUGUUUUGGCCUACCAGUUUACCAGCUGGGAGUUGAAGGCCAAAACGUCGGGGGACCCACAGGUUGAGAACCACUGUGUUAGAUGUUUGAUAUAGGAUUGUGAUUUUAUUGCCAUUCACUUGUAUCAAUCAGACAACCUUUGUGUCUUAAGCUUGGGCUUGUUAUGGUAGGAGAGAUGGAGGUUGUAACUAGAAAUCUUAUAAUUUUUUAGUGUUUGUUCCUUUAGAAAAUGUUGUGUACUCCAUUCUGACGUAGUUCCGGUAGUCAUUGUUUAAUGUGUUGUCGAAGGCUUUCAUAGCCGGGAUCACAGGGUUGUUGUAUGUUUUCUGGGCCGUAUGGCCAUGUUCCAGAAGUAUUCUCUCCUGAGGUUUCAUCGGUUUAAUCAGUGUCUUUUAUUCUUUUAGAAGCAUUUAUUGUUUUGCCUCAUUUUGUCUAUUCUUUCAAUAAAUUUUAAAUAAAUUUGCUUUCCUUUUCAAA